UAUAUUCCAGCAUUAACCGCAUUUACAGCAAUCGACUGUUUUUGACUCUUCUGUCGUGUUUAGCAUAGAGCUAGUGUAGAGCUAAGCUAACUUCAGCAGAGGAACACCAGGAGCGCUCUUCAUCGCUUUAUUUGCUAUCUGAGAUCUGAGAGUCAUCAUCGGGAAGUGACAAACAAAACAACAUCUUACAGACACAUUGUUGAUGAUCUGCGGAGUACAGUGAUUUACUGUGGUAAAGUGAAGUUGAGCGGGAAAAUGUCCAGCACAGCCAUGAAGAAGAAGGUGCUGUUGAUGGGGAAAAGUGGAUCAGGAAAGACCAGUAUGAGGUCGAUCAUAUUUGCCAACUACAUCGCCAGAGACACUCGCCGCCUGGGAGCCACAAUUGAUGUGGAGCACUCUCACGUGAGGUUUCUGGGCAAUCUGGUGCUGAACCUGUGGGACUGCGGCGGACAGGACACGUUCAUGGAGAACUACUUCACGAGUCAGAGGGACAACAUCUUUCGCAAUGUGGAGGUGCUGAUCUACGUGUUUGAUGUGGAGAGCCGCGAGCUGGAGAAGGAUAUGCAUUACUACCAGUCGUGUCUGGAAGCCAUCCUGCAGAACUCUCCUGACGCCAAGAUCUUCUGCCUGGUGCACAAGAUGGACCUGGUGCAGGAGGACCAGAGAGACCUGAUAUUUAAAGAGCGUGAGGACGAUCUGAAAAGACUGUCUCGCCCGCUGGCCUGCACCUGCUUCAGAACGUCUAUUUGGGACGAGACGCUGUAUAAAGCCUGGUCCAGCAUCGUCUAUCAGCUCAUUCCUAACGUACAGCAGCUUGAGUGCAACCUGCGCAACUUCGCUCAGAUCAUUGAGGCAGACGAAGUCUUGCUUUUUGAAAGAGCUACUUUCCUGGUGAUCUCUCAUUAUCAGUGUAAGGAGCAGCGAGAUGCUCAUCGCUUCGAGAAGAUCAGUAACAUCAUCAAGCAGUUCAAGCUGAGCUGCAGUAAACUGGCCGCCUCUUUCCAGAGCAUGGAAGUGCGCAACUCUAACUUCGCUGCCUUCAUCGACGUGUUCACGUCCAACACCUACGUCAUGGUGAUCAUGUCAGACCCGUCCAUACCGUCCGCUGCCACCCUCAUCAACAUCAGGAACGCCAGGAGACACUUCGAGAAGCUGGAGCGUGUGGACGGGCCCAAGCACAGUCUGCACAUGCGCAUGCGCUAGCCUCGCCGCAUACAGCGGUGGUGGAUGAUCCAGAAGAUUUCCUCCUGUCUUGCUGACUUCACUCGCAUCCAGUGUUUCUGCUGAGAAACUAAGUCACCUUCUGUUAACAUGCUUGUUUUCCUCGCUGAUGUUGCAAAGGAACAGUAGUUCUUAAUCAUAAACCACGGGUCGAGGGGUUGAAUGUCGUCAUGACCCCUUAAUAUCUGAUGUUUGUGCCGUCACAAACGGUGACUACUGAGUUACUGAUAGUCAGGAACGCUAGAUCAUUCUUUCUCUGUGUGUCUGUUAUAUGAAGCAUUAUCAGCUUGCUGUACUGUGUUUGCAGAUGUUGAAAAUGAGAGCAGAAAGCUGUGACUAAAACUGGUCUUUCUAAAUUAACAACUUGAUCUACAAAUUAUUGUAUUAUAAAUGUUCUCAAUAAAUACAGAUCGUUCUGUGUCUUUCUGUGCAACAAAACCAGAGUUAUGGAGAUUAUGAAGUUAAUGGUUAACUGGUUUAUGAGGAGCCCAUCUACACCUUUAAUGGCUGUAGUGAAAGCAGCCUCUUAAUUAGAAUAAUUAGGUCAAUUGCAGAACAAGUUAUUUUUCUGUAUUUAUCAUUAGUGUACAUAUUGAUUUAUUACGUUUGUCCUGUGUUCAGUUGCAAACAUUCCAUUCCAUAAUCCCUCAUUUCUUUAAUCAAACUUCUCACUUCACCUUCUGUGCCUUCAUCAGAAAGUUAAAAAAUAAACACAUAUUUGCUAAUAAGUCUGUUAUAGGAAUACUGUAUGUGGGAAGAGUUAGA